CCCCGCGCAGCCCGCCCGGCCCCGCCGCUGCCGUCCCGCGGCCCGAGGGUCCCCCCGAAACACGUCCCCCCCCCGGCAGCAGAGGAGGCGUCGCGGCUGCCGGCGCUGCGGGGAGCUCGCCGCCAAACCCGGCUGCCGGCGGAGCAGGGUGCCGGGGCCGCCGGUGCCAGGUGUCGUCACAGCCCGGCGAGGGCACCCCCGGCCCCGAGCAACCAUGCCUGCCGGUAGCAGCCGGUGGCUGGUUCGCCUGCUGGCGCUCACCUGUCUGGUGGCCGACCCAUCCCUGAGCCAGGAGUGCUCCACGGAGAAAAUGGAAAACACCAUCAUCGAUAUAAAUUUAUCGCUGCCCGAGGGCGUCAGGAGCGCCGAGCCGGUGCGCGCCCGGGACCCGGAGGCGUGUGUCCGCGCCUGCUGCUCGGGGGCGCCGCUCGCAGGAGACAAGAAGUGUAAUUUGAUGAUUUUUGAUGCUCGAAGGACAAGCGCACAUCCAAACUGCUACCUGUUUUACUGUCCUAGCACAGAGGCUUGUCCAAUGAAACCCGCAGCAGGACUUGUCAGCUACAAGAUAACUAGAGACACACAUGCCCCAGAAGAUACAUCAUUCAAAAGUGAGGACAUUUCUUCAAAUGAAUAUUCAUCUUCAGAUGCUGGAGCCGUUAUUUCUCGCAGUCAAACUAGCCAUCAGAAUCUUAGUGCUGCUUUGCAACAAUCUGCCUUUCAUCAGGCAUCUGAACUCCUGAACCAUGUGGUCAAGCAUUUAGAUAACAUUGCAUUUCAUACAGUUUUUCCUGAAUCUCAAAGGGCAGAACAUCCUGAGAGCUUAGACCCCACCCCAAGUCAGAAAGCAGUUAACGUGCCACCAAACAUAUCUUCUGCUGUUCAGAUUGGAACCCCCUCAGCUUUGUUCCCCACCAUCCAGUCUAGCGCUCCUGAACCCACUAGUACUACUUUUGUUCCUGUGCCUACGAGUACCAUGCGACUGGAGUCUCAUACAACCUCUCUGCAUCCUGGUGGUGCUAAACCUACAACUGUCACCACCACCACAGCUACUUUUCCACCUACUGUAGCCACUAGAGCUAAGCCUGGUAUUCUUGCCACCAGCAUGGCUGUUACUCACUUUCCUCUUUCCAGUCCCACGACUUCUGCUUCUACUUCUGCAAUCAAGUGGGUGACCACGAAUUCCAGAUCUGCUACUGCCCCACCAGGGCUAAGAACUUCAGCCAGCCCCCCUGAGCCAACAGUUGUCUCUUCCAACCAUACCAGCCACAUAACACUCCUCUCUUUUUCAGGUUUCACUCUGUCUCCUAGCAAUUCCCCCACAUCUUCCCAAAAUGACCCUCAGGGUUAUGACCCAUUGGAUGCAGAAAGCUACCUGCCAGAGAGUGCUCUGAGAGGGAAAGGUGUCAUUCAGCUGGGAGAAAAAAGCAGCCUUGUGGCAGCUUUGCUUUUUGGGGUGAUAUUCUUGUUACUAGUUAUUGCAUUGACAGGGAAGAAAAUAUACGAAUCUCUUCAGAAGAGGCAUUAUACCAGGCUGGAUUACUUGAUCAAUGGAAUGUAUUCUGACAUAUGAUGGGAAGAGGGAACAAGAUUAUGAGGACCAUCUCUCAUCUUUGAGAGGACAACUCUGAAACAGAAGAGUAGGUAUUGAAAUCUCGGAAGAGGAUGGAUUCCUUUUUCGGCCACUAAUGGGAAAGCGGCGGAUGGCUUUGGUGGGGAAGAAAACUGCUUUUUCUACACUGAACUAUAAUGUCUGUCAUUUUUGAUUUAUUACUGAAUUCUGAAAAUAAACACUCAAAUCCAAGUUAAGCAAAGAAGGUCUUAUAUUUAAGAAGAAAAAACAUUUCAAGAGCUUAAUUUGUAGUGUGACAAGAUCAGUGGAAUAGAAGCGCACCUAAUAAAUUGAGUGCAUGUGCAGCACGUGGGUGUUUUCAGUGCUAUUUGCACCAAACUCCAUGGUGUUACACGAUUGUCUAGCAGUCCUAUUUACUCUAUUUGUAGCCUUAAAGGAGUACUUAGUUGUAGAGCUGUGCAUUCAAAUGGUUUUAGGUACAAACAGUAAGAAUUGUAGCACACAUAACAUGGCUUAAUUUUCCUUAGCUACAUGUAGUUUAUGGAUAUAUGUUUAUCUUUAAUGUUUCUUUCUGUAUACAUCACAAGCUGUCCUUAAAACCACAUGCUGCAAACCUGAAUGUGCCUUUUCUAAAGAGCUCACCACCUUGUAGCACAUAGGGUUUUUGCAGUAUGUAUCCAAGAGAAUGAGUUUUUCCACUAUCAAAGUAAAGCAAGCUGCAAUCAAGCUCUUCCAUGACAAAUGGCAUGACCAAGUGACUUGGCAUAUGCACAAGAGAGAAUCUGUUCUAGUACACCGAAAUCCCUGACAGUUGAGACUCGGCACCUGAUCAUAGAGCAGGCAGAAACUUGUGAAGGGUCAUAGCAAAGACAACAGCUGUGUUGUUGGCAGAAGAUACACAGAAAGCUGUGGUCUCCAUUUGCUGAACAUCUAAGUUUUAAAGGAAAGUGG